CCUCUGAGGCCGCCGUACUAGGCGAAGGCAGUCGGAGGUGGCGGGAUAUAUUUUGCUACAUGUGAAGCACGCUAAACUGAACAACAUCACAACAACAAAACACGACAGCAGUGAGACCUAAUGGAUUGCAUCAACGCCAAAUACAUCUCACAGAAAAUCAGUAAGACGCGAUGGCGGCCUGUUUCUUCGGCUUCUUUGCAGCAGCCUGACGUUUUCGCCACAGGAUCCUGGGACAACGAGAAUAACAAAGUGUCGAUCUGGUCGGUGGGAGAUCAUGGAGUCUCAAACAUAGAUGGAGAGUUUGAUGAAGAGCCUCAGUUACUGUGUGACUCCCAGCAUGAAGGGGAUGUAUUGGACCUACAGUUUCUAGAUCAAGACAGGCUCGUUUCGGCAUCAUCAAGUGGGGCUGUGACGAUUUUUAAGCUUCAGACUGACUGUCAGGCUCUGUCAUUGGCUCAUGUAUGGGAGAGAGCUCAUAAAUACUCCUGUGAUAAUGCGCCCUGCACUGCAAUAGUGUGCAGAAGCCCUGAAAUAGUGUCAGUGGGUGAGGACGGUCGAGUUAUUCUUUACAAAGCAGAUCAGACUGAAGUUGUACGUGUUAUUGAAAAUGCAGAUAGCAGUACGAUUCAUGCCGUGACGUUUCUAAGGACGACUGAAGUACUCACUGUUAACUCCAUCGGUCAACUGAAGAUGUGGGACUUCAGACAGCAGAGCGACAGUCCUGCACAAAUUCUCUCUCUCACCGGGGACAGAGUGCCCUUGCACUGUGUGGAUAAACACCCAAACCAGCAGCACAUAGUGGCCACAGGAGGGCAGGAUGGGAUGCUAUGUAUCUGGGAUGUGAGACAGGGCAAUACACCCUUCUCUCUCAUAGAGGCCCAUUCAGCAGAAAUGUGGGAAGUACAUUUUCAUCCAUCCAACCCCAAUCACUUGUUUACAUGCUCAGAGGAUGGAUCUCUGCUACACUGGGAGACGACUUCAGGAUCAGACAUGAGCACACUCCUACAGAGGGGCUGGAACAGCAGAGUCAUCUCGCAUAGUGCCGUUCCGCAGGCAGGGGAGAAUGACUCUGUGGUCAGUGCCUGGCUUGCUGGGGACUCCAGCAAAAGUAGACUGGAGGCGACUCAUAUUCUGCCCAGCCAAACACUGUCUGUCAACAGUCUUGAUGUGCUUGAGCAGUGUUUAGUAUGUGGGACUGAUGGGGAGGCUGUGUACAUCCACAGACAAGUUCCUGUUUAAUUACUCACCUAAAACGUAUCAAAGAGACUGCUUGGAAUAUUUUUAUAUAUUACAUUUCUUUAUUCAAUUGAUUAAAACUAAACAAUUAAAAUUGCAGUGUGUACAGUAUUUCUGUUUCAUUAAAGUUCUGUUGAGUUACUUAA